GGAAAGCAAAACGCGCACAAUCUGUCUUCUCCAAUCUGUCUGUCUUCUUCCAGCUUUGAAACAACAAAGCCACGUUCUUUUCUUCUUCUUCUUCUUCUCCUUCCUCUCUCUCUCUCUCUCUCUCUCUCUCCUGGAAACCCUAAACUGACCAGCUUCUUUCACUGAAUUCCUUUCAUUGAAUCAAAGCCAGGUGGUUGUUUUCGAGCUCCUAAUUUUUGAAUUUCUGCUUCGGAUUCCUCAGCAGCCUUCUACAAUGAAUGACCUCUUAUCGGAUUCUUUUGAGAUCCCUCGGGGUCAAACUUCUAGGAAUGGAGAUAUUGAACUAGGCAUGCAAGCACCUGUGAAUGCGGAAGAUCAAGGGUUGGCGAAUUUCUUUAAAAAGGUCCAAGAGAUUGAGAAGCAAAAUGAGAAGCUAGAUAAGCUGCUGAGAAAGCUCCAGGAUGCGCAUGAAGAAUCUAAGGCUGUUACUAAGGCUCCUGCCAUGAAAGCAAUCAAGCAGCGAAUGGAGAAGGAUGUUGAUGAAGUUGGAAAAGUUGCUCUUUUGGUGAAGUCAAAAAUUGAGGAUCUUGACCGAGAUAGUUUAGCAAAUAGACAGAAGCCAGGUUGUGGAAAAGGUACUGGUGUAGAUCGGUCAAGAACGUCAACAACUCUUGCCCUGAAAAAGAGAUUGAAGGACAAGAUGGCUGAGUUUCAGACUCUAAGGGAAAACAUCCAUCAAGAAUAUCGAGAAGUUGUUGAGAGGCGUGUAUUUACAGUAACGGGUAAAGAAGCUGAUGAAGAGACAAUUGACAGAUUAGUUGAGACUGGAGAUGGUGAACAAAUAUUUCAGAAGGCAAUCCAGGAACAAGGUCGAUUCCGGAUAAUGGAUACACUCGCAGAAAUUCAAGAGCGACAUGAUGCUGUUAGAGAUGUGGAGAGGAAACUUCUUGAUCUACAACAGAUAUUCCUGGAUAUGGCAGUGUUGGUGGAUGCCCAAGGGGACUUACUUGACAACAUAGAAACACAGGUUUCAAGUGCCGUGGAUCAUGUGCAACAAGGAAAUACCGCUCACGGGCCAAAUCGCUACAGAAGAGUUCCAGGAAGUGGAUGUGCAUUGCAAUCAUGAUCCUUCUUAUCAUUGUUGUAAUCAUUGUCGUGGCAGUUCUCAAGCCAUGGAAGGGCGCUUAACUUCCCACCAUUUGUAAGAUGUCAUUACAACGAGAGACGGCGGUUAGUUCCUGUUGGGAGCUCCAACACGUUCUUGUGAAUUAUUUGAUCUUUUUGAAACCCGGCUUCAUUUAUUUUUACCGUGACGAGUGAAAAUGUAAUUUUUUUUUUUUUUUUUGGUUUUCAGGCGUGAAAUUAACUUGUACUACUAUUCUUUAAUGCACAAAAUGAAAAUUUCUUUGA